AUGGCCGGGAGCAUGCAGGCGGCGGACGCGGCGGGCCGACUAAGCGCGCUGCUCUCGCUGCUCGAGCUGCGCCGGCUCCUCGCCGUGCUCCAGCCGCUGGCCCUGCUCCUGCUCCUGCCCUUCCGGUCGCGCGCGCGGCCGGGGGCCGUGCCCACGGCCGCGGCGUCCGAUGCCGCGGCCUCCGCGUCGUCGGGGGCUAGCGGGAAGAAGGGGAAGGCGUCGUCAUCGGUGGUUCUGCGGGUGCCGGCCGGCUCGCCCAUGGUCGCCGCGCGGAGGCAGGCGUCCGCAAGGAGGGAGAUAGCCAUGCGCCGGGCGCGGGAGGCCGGGAGGGAGUACGAGCUCAUCGCCACCGCUCGCGGCGAGACGCUCUUCACGCAGUGCUGGUGGCCGCACCCGCCUUCCUCCACCAUUAAACCAAGGGCGCUGGUUGUUGUCAUGCACGGGCUAAACGAGCACAGUGGGAGGUAUGAUCAUUUAGCAAGGCGAUUGAAUGACAUCGGCAUCAAGGUGUACGGAAUGGACUGGACUGGUCAUGGUGGAAGUGAUGGUCUCCAUGGAUAUGUGCAAUCUCUUGAUCAUGCUGUCAAUGAUUUGAAAAUGUACCUCAAGAAAGUAUUAGCUGAGAACCCUGGUCUUCCAUGCUUCUGCUUCGGCCAUUCGACUGGUGGAGGUAUCAUUCUGAAGGCUGCACUUGAUCCAGAGGUAGAAACUCUCAUUAGCGGUAUUGUCCUGACAUCACCAGCUGUCCGUGUUCAGCCUGCCCACCCAGUCAUAGCGGUCAUGGCACCGAUUUUUGCCCUCAUCGCACCGAGGUAUCAGUUCACGGCGUCCCACAGGAACGGCCCACCGGUGUCGCGCGACCCCGAGGCCCUGCGUGCCAAAUACACGGACCAGCUCGUGUUCACGGGCGCCAUCCGCGUGAGGACGGGCUACGAGAUCCUCCGCCUGACGUCGUACCUGCAGCAGCACCUGCACCGGAUCGCGGUGCCGCUGCUGGUGAUGCACGGCGCCGACGACCUGGUGACCGACCCCAGGGGCUCGCGGGCGCUGUACGAGCAGGCCUCGGCCGCGGACAAGUCCCUCAAGCUCUACGACGGGCUGCUGCACGACCUCCUGAUCGAGCCCGAGAAGGACAAGGUGAUGGACGACAUCGUGGCGUGGCUGAGCCCCAGGGUCUGA